AUGGCCGCCCCACCGCCGCAUCCCGGGGCCGCUCCCCCCGCGGGCGCGCCUCCUGCUCCGCCACCAGUUCGUCCAGGUGCACCUCGUACUCCUUUACCACCAGGUCACCCAGGUGCACCUCCUGCUCCUUUACCGCCAGGUCAUCCAGGUGCACCUCCUGCUCCUUUGCCACCAGGUCACCCAGGAGCGCCUCCUGCUCCUUUACCACCAGGUCACCCGGGAGCGCCUCCGGCUGCUCCACCAGGCCACCCAGGUGCGCCUUCACCUCCCGAAACUCCGCCCGAAGGCUCCGUAGCACCAGGUCACCCAGAAGCACCUUCGACUGCCGCACCAGCGCCGCCAACUGCACCGACGCCCCCUGCUGCCGCACCACCGCCCCCUGCUGCCGCACCACCGCCCCCUGCUGCCGCACCACCGCCCCCUGCUGCCGCACCACCACCCCCUGCUGCCGCACCACCGCCUCCAGCUGCCGCACCGCCGCCUCCUGCACCUCAACCUGUCGCACCGCGAACACCUGCGGCGCCAAAGCAGUACACAGCGCAGACAGCUGGCCAGAUGCCCGGGACGUGCGCGGUAGCAACGGUCAAGGGCGCGCCUUCCGAGCCGUUCAAGAGAGAGUAUGUUACAGCAGUGAAGGCGUACGAGCAGCAAGUGGGCGCCAACAUCGUGCGUGGCAAGAUGUUCAUCGAGAGUUUGCCCACGGGAAUGCUACCCGGGAUGGCUCCGGGAAUGGCACCGCCAGGAAUGGCGUGCGGCUACAAUAUGGGGACGGGCGUGGGAGCCGGUGGGCCUUGCGGAUACGGCCAACAGAUGCCUAUGGGUGGUGGCUACGGCGCCUCUCCGUUGGGCAUCCAGCGAAGCCGCGAGGACUUCAGGAAUAUGAUGAACUCUGGCGGAGGUGUGGAUUUCGCCCGGAUGGCCGAUAUGGGACCCCAAGUUCGGAGGCUGCUGGAUAUGGGAAGCCAGAUUGACCAGAUAAUGGACAUGACCCGGAGGGCCGAGGGGUCUUCGAUAAUCAUGGGACCGGAUUCCGCCGGAGGGUAUGGCGGUCCCGCGACGGGCUUCGGAGGGCCACCACCAAUGAUGGCGGGCGGUGGUUUCGACAUGCCGAUGUCAGGCGGCUACGGUGGACCUAUGAUGCCACCUUACGGCGCUCCAAUGCCUGGCAUGGCGAGCGCUUAUAGCGCAGAACGUUUCCCGGGGGGAUACGGAAGGCCUGAUAUGGAUCCCCGGAUGUCCGGUUCCGCCGGCUGGCCGAGAGACGGUCCGAGGGAACACGGAAGGCGAACAAUGUCGAGGGAGAACGCCAGGCCUCCGAGGGACGACUACACCGACGACAGCAGGCUGCCGGCCAAGAACUCUAUGAGCAGGGCUUCAGACCUACUACAGAAGAUAAAGGAGGGCAUCGAUGAGCAUUGCGCCGAACAACGCGCCGAGACAGUGCUGGAGAAGAUUCGCAGAGACAUGACGAUGGACGCCGACGAUGACGUAGGCCGUGCGCCUACAGCCAGGAGGAACAGUCUACCACCGGAGAGGGGCAGGACGUCGUCGCGCACCCUCCGCAGACCGUACGACGACCAGGAGUACGAGGAGAGGCGGUCGCCGAGACCGAGACGACGACCCUCGCGACACCGCAAGUCCUCAUCGUCUUCAUCAUCUUCAUCUUCCUCUUCUCACAAAAAGCGUUCGCGCAAGUCCAAAGACAGCAAGAGCAAACGCCGCAAGUCGAAAGGAAAGAAGAGGAGGGGAUCUGCGCCCGCAAAGAACGGCUCGUCAUCGUCCUCUUCGUCCUCUUCCUCGUCGGGACGUCGCUCGCCAAGGAACAAAGGCGGCAGGUCCAUCGAGUUCGUCAGGAAGGUCACCGAACGGUUCAGCUCAGAGUCGCCCGGUGACGAAGACCCCGCGUCAGCCAUGGACAAUUUCCAACAGAAGUACUUGCUUAUCGCGCGACCAGGCAGCCGCGUCACGAUGAACGAGCCCGGGGUCCGCAGGUCGGGCUGUCCCGUCCUCAACGCGUUCGGUGUAGGCUCCAGGGAGCAAGCCGCGAUGCGGACGCAGUCGAGGGCCUUAGGAGGCAGCGUGUACAAGUACGGGACAGAUAGACAGCCGUCAUCGAUGUCAGCGGGCGGCGCGUUGUACCGGUACGAGAGCAAGCCGACCGGUUUCAAGCAGGAGUAA